AUGAACCACCACGCUUCUGACCGCGUCCACGAUGUAAUCAUCGUUGGUGCUGGGAUUUCCGGCAUCAACACUGCCUAUCAUCUCCAACGCAAGCUUCCCGAGCUCACUUACUCAAUUUUAGAGGCCCGUGAGAAUGUCGGGGGCACAUGGGACUUGUUUCGCUACCCUGGUAUUCGAUCAGAUACCGACCUCCACACAUUUGGCUUUGGGUGGAAUCCCUGGAAUGAAAACCGUGCCAUUGCCGACGGAGGGUCCAUUGCAAGUUACUUACGCCAAUCGGCUGAAAAGGAGGGCAUCGAUCGACAUAUUCUAUUUCGACAUCGCGUCGUCAUGGCCAAUUGGUCAACGGCUAAACAGCAAUGGGAUUUGGACGUGGAAGUCAAAGGCGGCCAGCGGAUCCCACUCCGUGCCCGAUUUCUCGUUCUAGGAACCGGAUACUAUGACUACACCGAAGGACUUCAGCCUGAUAUUCCGGGACUGUCCAACUGCUUCACGGGCACGGUUGCACAUCCGCAGUUCUGGCCCGAGGACCUCGACUAUGCCGAUAAGCGAGUCUUGAUCAUUGGCAGCGGUGCCACGGCCAUCACCCUUCUUCCCAAUAUGGCGGCCAAGGCGGCGCACGUCACGAUGUUGCAGCGCAGCCCUACGUAUAUUAUGUCCAUCAACAACACGACCGGCGGCUCGUGGAGACACAAGCUGCUGCCGCGCAACUGGUCAUUUAAAAUUGACCGGUGGAUUUUCAUGUGGUCUAUUGUCCUUAUCUACUACUUUUGCCGACUCUUCCCAGAGCGAUCUCGAAAAUCCCUGCAACAAGCGGUUGAGAAACAGCUUCCCGACCACAUCCCUGUCGAUCCACACUUCACACCACAGUAUAAGCCCUGGGACCAGCGACUCUGCUUUGCACCCAACGGCGACUUCUUCGCGAGCCUACGCUCAGGGAAGGCGCACGUGGAGACUGGUCGGAUCAAGAGCAUCACGGCGAACACUGUACACCUCGAGUCAGGCAAGCAGCUGGAGGCGGACAUCAUUGUCCCGGCCACGGGAUUAAAACUAGCCAUUGGUGGACGCAUCCAAAUCCAGAUCGACCAUAAGCCUGUCGACCUGGCAGAUCGAUAUGCCUGGCACACAGCACUCCUGCAGGACGUGCCUAACCUCGCCUUCAUGAUGGGAUACAUUAAUGCAUCAUGGACGCUAGGUGCUGAAGCGGCCAGCCACAUCUUGUGCCGGAUUUGGCAACAUAUGAAGAAGAAUGGCUACAACACUGUCGUCCCCCGCGUCCCGGCCGGGUCUGCAAUUCAGCCGCGGAUGAUAUGGGAUCUGGACGCGACUUAUGUCAGAAAGGCGACACGCAGUAUGCCUCGAUGUGGCAACUUUGGGCCAUGGAAAGGGCGGACCAGCUAUGUCGUUGAUAUUUGGAAGGCUAAAUACGGGAGUAUCACUACAGAUCUGGAGUUCCACCCAGCUAGUCGGAAGUCGCAGUUGCAGUAG